CACAAAACAAUCCCAACAGUGGUGGAUGGAUGUGCGGUAGGGUAUAAUAUCAAGGCUUUAUAUUUAACUUUAGUCAGGCUAUAAUUUGUCUCUGGUCGGUGUCUUUGUAUGGCAAACACUGGUGUUAAGCUUGAAGUGAAGCAAGAUUACGCUCCCUGUCUGUUUGAAGCUAACUGAGGAGUUAGCUAGAAUGCUAACAUGAUGCUCAACCCGUCAGUCGGUCUACCAGAUGACCGAAAGUCCUUGUACCCUCAGUCCCAAAGUAGUGCAUACAAAUGCGGCGACAAAACCAGCCCUAUUAGCGUCAUACUGGUUAGCUCUGGAAGCCGAGGGAACAAACUCCUUUUCCGAUAUCCCUACCAAAAGGUCGCUGAGUGUCCGUCAUCUCUCUCAGCAAAACAGCGGAAUCCAUAUGUGCUGAACACAUCUGGGGAUGAGCUUGAUGACCAGGAUGGUGAUUCAAGAGAGCAAUCUCCACUAACUGACGAACAGUUGGUAGCAGGGUUCUCUGACAUCGUCCUCUCCACAAUCCUGGCCACCAAAUCUGAUAUGUGUGGAAAGAAGUUUGAACUGAAGAUAGACAAUGUUCGAUUUGUGGGCCACCCCACCCUGCUUCAGCAUCCUCCUAUCAUCCAGGUUUCUAAAACAGAUCCUUCACCCAAGAGAGAAAUGCCAACAAUGAUCUUGUUUAAUGUGGUGUUUGCACUCAGGGCAAAUGCUGACCCAUCCGUCAUCAGCUGCAUGCACAACCUGUCACGCCGCAUUGCCAUUGCUCUGCAGCACGAGGAGCGCCGCUGCCAGUAUCUGACCCGCGAGGCCAAACUCAUGCUGGCCGUCCAGGAGGAAAUUACCACGACUGAAAAUGGAAGCCCCCAGUCCCCAUUUAGACAAAUUCUUCCAAAAUGUAAGCUAGCAAGAGACCUCAAGGAGGCGUAUGACAGCCUUUGUACAACCGGUGUGGUGCGACUUCACAUCAACGACUGGCUGGAGGUGAGCUUCUGUUUACCGCACAAGAUCCACAGGAUUGGUGACACCUACAUCCCCCCAGAGGCAUUAGAGCGCAGCCUUAAGGCCAUAAGGUAUAUUACAGAUUUGUUUUUCUUUUCAUGUUACAUCUUUCAGAUUGCUGCUCAUUUGGUUUAUUGGGGCAAGGCAAUUAUCAUCUACCCACUGUGUGAGAACAAUGUCUACAUGCUGUCUCCGCAUGCCAACAUCUGCCUAUAUUCACCGUUGGCUGAGCAGUUUGCCCGGCAGUUUCCUGGUCAUGAUCUGCCCUCUAUGUUAGCAAAGUUCUCACUGCCUGUCUCACUGGCUGAGUUUAGAAAUCCCCUGGAAGCUCCCACACAGGAGGCCCAGUUAAUCCAGAUGGUGGUUUGGAUGCUGCAGCGCCGCCUCCUGAUCCAGCUGCACACUUAUGUGUGCUUGUUGGUACCACCCAGUGAGGAUGAGCCUGGGCUGAAGGAUGAAGACCCUCCGCUGGCUGCCCGACUAGGAGGUCGCAGUCUCAGUACCCCUAGUGCGCUCAGUUUUGGCUCACCGACCAGCAGUGAUGACAUGACCCUAACCAGUCCCAGUAUGGAAAACUCCAGUGCAGAGCUGCUAACUGGUGGAGACUCCCCACUCAACAAGAGGAUGACUGAGACACUGCUCGCCAGCCUGUCAGAGCACGAGAGGCAGUUUAUUCUUAACAUCCCCGCUGCACAAAAUCCAGAGGAUCUGCGGAUGUUUGCGAGGCUACUGCACUAUUUCCGAGGACAUCACCACCUGGAAGAGAUUAUGUACAAUGAGAACAUGAGGCGCUCGCAGCUAAAGACGCUGUUUGACAAGUUCCGCAGUGUCCUUGUGGUUACCAACCAUGAAGAUCCCAUUAUUUCAAUCUUUCAGUCACCGAUGGACUAGCUGUGCAGACAGUGUUUCAGCAACUGGAAAAUGUGUCAGUUUAGGAGAAGUUAAUGGCCUGCUGGGCUCACGGCUAAGUGGUCAAAGACGUUUUAAAACAAAAUGCCUUGACUACAAGAUGUUUUCUCUGUAUGAGCCAAAUGUUUGUUUACAGUAAUAAAUU